AUGGCGUCCGCGAAGAUUGGCAUCAUCGCGCGCGUGCGGCCAGCGUUGCCGCACGAGAUAGACGACGGGAGUGUUGUGGUCCAGAAUAGUGGCAGCGGCGGCUCAAUACACGUAUACAUGAAUGACGGGAACAAGGCAUCCAAGCAGUUUAAGUUCACGAACUGCUACGGUGCCGAUUCUCGACAGGAAGACAUCUUUAACAACGAUAUAGAGCCCAUGCUCCCCUUUCUCUUCGAUGGGAUCACUAUCACCAUUUUCGCGUAUGGUGUCACCUCGUCAGGCAAGACGCACACUAUCCAAGGCACUGCUGAGCAGCCCGGAGUCAUCAAGCGUGUCGUGGAGAAACUGUGCUAUAUGAUGGAUAGCCGCGCCGACGCGAACAUAUCCAUGAACAUGCAAUAUAUGGAAAUAUACAAGGAUGAAGUCUACGAUCUGCUCGUGCCUAAUCGGGAGCUUGCUCCCAAACUGGAAGUCCGCGAGUUCGAGGGUAAGGUGCUUGUACCGAAGCUCUCAAGGAAGCGUAUCAGCACCGAACAGGAAUUUCAUACGAUAUACCAGCGUGCAUCAAAUCAGCGUUCCGUUGGCUCGACUAAGCUCAACAGUCAUUCCUCUCGUUCUCACGCCAUUCUUUCCUUGCACAUCGAUAUAGUAGACCCCGCGUCCGGCAAGACGCUUACUGGGACAGUGAACCUCGUCGACUUGGCCGGGUCGGAGAACAACAAGCAUACCGGCAACGAUGCCAACCGCUUGAUUGAGUCCUCCGCCAUCAACAAGUCGCUGAGCACCCUGGGCAAGGUCAUUGAUGCGCUCAAUCGGGGCGAAAGCCGCAUACCGUACCGAGACUCCAAACUCACUCGCGUCUUGCAAGACGCCUUAGGCGGUUCGUCCAUGGGCUUACUGAUUUGCAACAUCGCCCCGGGCGCCAAGUUCAGGAAGGAUACCCUAAACACGCUCAACUUCGCAGCCAAGGCGCGCGACAUUGAGAACAAGGUCACCAUCAACGAGCGAGAAACGAAACCUCUUCCGAAGCCCCACUUCGCCGCUCUGACCCUUCAGCCCACGGCUGCCAAACCGGCGACGACGGUCGUGCAAGCCAUCAACGGCGGCGCUACUAUCAAUAAUGGCAGUCACGACAGCAGGCCUCCUAUUCACCAUGGUCGUCCGUCGAUGCUGCCUAAGGUGCCGCGCGCGUCGAUGCUGGCGUUGGAGUCGAACAGACAUCCAGUGAUCAAGACGGAAGAUACAUCGGGCGAGAAGCGGCUGACUGGUCGUGUGCAGCGACCGUCGAAUACGGCGCUGCCGCCGAACUUGAACACCCAGGUAUGGCUGGUGGUCGAGGAUGAACGUCAUGUGUGCCGAACAGCUCGACAGAUCCAGCAGAUGAUCCAGGCCGAGGUCGCGAAGCUCGUCGCACCGAAGGAGGCUGAGAAUCGGGAGCUCGAGCGGCGUGUGCGCGAGCUUGAGGAGGAGCGCAGGCAAGAGCGGGAAUACUCCAUGGAGCGGUCGCGCACGCGGGAGAGCACGGUCAAGUCGGAGCAGCCGGAUGUGCUACCGCCUGACAUUGCGGCUAUGCUGGCGUCGUCGGACUAUGCCAAUCAGGACUUGAUCGCCCGGUUGGACAACCUGGAGGCCGAGCUGCGCAGCAAGAACAACUCGUUGUAUGACGAGCUGACUCCGAUGCAGCGCAAGACCACCUGCCGCGCCUACCUCUACAUGGCUCGGCAAUACGAGAGUAUGGAUGACCUCGACAAUGCGCUUGCGCUUUACCGUAAGGCGCAGACCUACGCGCCGGACAACGACAAGCUCAGAGACAGGUGGAUACUUUUCGUUAUUCGUGUAUUUCUCCACCAACUCGCUGCCAACCGAAUAUUGGACACAGAGUACAAGCUGAAGAACAAGAGCAGGGCGGGGGAGGCGGACCGCUCUCCGAAGAAGAAGCGCCGGAGACGCAGCGAGGAGGAGGAGGACGAGGGGGAUGACUCCGCGGAGAAGGGCAGCGGACGGUCGAAGCGCUUUGGGAACGAGAUAACCAAUCAGGGGAGCUCGCCGAAGCGCAAGCGGUCACCAGAGGAGGGCGAGGAGGAGUACGCGGAGACGCCGCAGAAGCGACAGCGUGGGAUGGCCGUCGCCGCUGACGACGAUGACGACUAUGUGCCGCGGGCGAGGCGAAGCAAGCGGCAGCAGGCCAAGGCCGCCUAG